ACAGAGGGAUACAGUCCUCCUGUGCCGACACUGCAUCUGUUCAGGCGAGGUUUAAGAGGGGACUGUUCAGGAUAUAUAGGCUAUCUCUCCAACAACCCUGCCGGUCAGCGCGGGCUAUCAGGAGGACUUGUCCCAGGGUCAGCUUGUUUGCUACUUGCUCCGGCUAUAUGGCCAGCUAGCACAAUUAAGCUAACUAUCGUUAGCAUCAGGUUCCAGCUCAUCGUCCGGACCCGGCGAAGUGAAGAGACGAGGAGGGGAAUGGCACGAGUUUACUCGGAUAGUCCUUUCAGAAGAAACAACGACUAACCAGACUAAACCAACUCAAAUUUAUUUAGUUCUUUGAAUCACCGGUUGUUGGCGUUGCUGUGAUCCCCAUCAUGGUGCAGAAGUAUCAGUCACCUGUGCGGGUGUACAAGCAUCCCUUUGAGCUGGUGAUGGCGGCCUAUGAACGCCGGUUCCCCACCUGUCACCUUAUCCCCAUGUUUGUGGCAAGUGAUGUGGUGGAUGAGGAGACCAGCGAGGAUGGUUCCACCCAGAGGAUUGAGCGCCGCUGUGCUCUGGAUGUGGACGCCCCACGCUUGCUCAAAAGGAUUGCGGGUGUGGACUAUGUCUACUUCAUCCAGAAAAACACGCUCAACCGAAAGGAGAGGACACUUCACAUCGAGUCCCAUAAUGAGACCUUCUCCAACAGGGUCAUUAUCCAUGAGACCUGCUGCUAUUCGGUUCACCCGGAAAAUGAGGACUGGACGUGUUUUGAGCAGACGGCCAGCCUGGACAUCAAGUCCUUCUUUGGCUUUGAGAGCACCGUGGAAAAGAUUGCUAUGAAACAAUAUGCCAGCAGUAUCAAAAAGGGAAAAGAAAUCAUAGAGUUCUACCUGAAGGAGCUAGAAGAUGAAGGGAUCACCCAUGUGCCGCGCUGGACUCCCUCCUCCCUUCCCCUGCCUCUCCCCAGGCCAACCACCCUCUCCACCAGCCCACCGGUCCUUCCCAAGCUCGCAGUCACACCCGACGUUUCUAUCCCACAGCCCACCGAUGCUAAGGACAGCACCUCUCAGGACACCAAGCAGGACAGCAGCACACUUCAGGCAGACAGCCUAACAGAGAUCCUGGCUGGUACACCUGAAGACAAGUUGGAUGCCGACUAUAUCAAACGUUACCUAGGCGACCUGACCCCCCUGCAAGAGAGCUGUCUAAUCAGACUUCGUAAAUGGCUGCAGGAGACGCACAAGGGAAAGAUCCCAAAGGACGAGCACAUACUGCGUUUCUUGCGUGCAAGGGACUUCAACAUGGACAAGGCGCGGGAGAUCCUGUGCCAGUCGCUGACCUGGAGGAAGCAGCACCAGGUGGACUACCUGCUGGAGACCUGGAGCUCACCACAGGUCCUCCAGGACUACUACACUGGGGGCUGGCACCACCAUGACAGAGAUGGCCGUCCUUUGUACAUCCUGAGGUUGGGCCAGAUGGACACCAAAGGACUUGUCCGUGCCCUCGGAGAGGAGUCUCUGCUCAGACAUGUGCUGUCUAUUAAUGAGGAGGGUCUGAGACGCUGUGAGGAGAACACCAAGGUGUUUGGUCGACCCAUCAGCUGUUGGACAUGUCUGGUAGAUCUGGAGGGGCUGAACAUGCGUCACCUGUGGCGACCAGGAGUCAAGGCGCUGCUGAGGAUCAUCGAGGUGGUGGAGGCCAACUACCCAGAGACUCUGGGACGGCUGCUUAUCUUGAGAGCUCCCAGAGUUUUUCCAGUCCUCUGGACACUGGUGAGUCCAUUCAUCGAUGAAAACACCCGCAAGAAGUUCCUCAUCUAUGCAGGCAAUGACUACCAGGGUCCUGGAGGGCUGGUGGACUACAUAGACAAGGAAAUCAUCCCUGACUUCCUGGGGGGAGAGUGUAUGUGUGAGGUACCAGAAGGUGGCCUGGUCCCGAAGUCAAUGUACCGCACGGCUGAGGAGAUGGAGAACGAAGAUGUCCGCCUGUGGACAGAGACCAUAUACCAAAGCGCCAGCGUCUUCAAGGGAGCUCCACACGAGCUUCUGAUUGAGAUCAUUGACGCCUCCUCAGUCAUCACCUGGGACUUUGACAUGUGCAAAGGCGACGUGGUUUUCAACAUCUACCACUCCAAGCGGGCUCCCCAGCCUCCGCGUAAAGAUCCCCUGGGAGCCCAUGGCAUCACGUCCCCAGGAGGCAACAACGUCCAACUUAUCGACAAGUCCUGGACUUUGGGGCAGGAUUACAGCAUGGUGGAGUCCCCGCUCACCUGCAAGGAGGGCGAGAGCGUGCAGGGCUCCCACAUUACGCGAUGGCCCGGUUUCUACAUCCUGCAGUGGAAGUUCCACAACAUGCCAGCCUGCUCGGCCACCAACCUGCCUCGAGUGGAUGACGUGCUGGCCACCCUGCAGGUUUCCUCACACAAGUGUAAAGUCAUGUACUACACUGAGGUGUUGGGCUCUGAGGACUUCAGGGGUUCGAUGACCAGCCUGGAGUCGAGCCACAGCGGCUUCUCUCAGCUCAGUGCCGCCACCACCUCCUCCAGCCAGUCGCAGUCCAGCUCGAUGAUCUCCAGGUAGAAACUGGAAGCUGAGGACUUCAAUCCCCCUGUCCCCCACACUGCCCUUACCAUCCACACCGAAGCCAACUCUCCUCCCGCCCUUCCUCGUCGUCUUUGGACUUUUGCACAGCCGGUCUCUGUGGAACUGAUGCAUGCUUGCACAAACAGCAGACAAAUAAUUACAAAAAAAUCUGAGGCAAAAAGAAAAAAAAAAACAGAGACUGUGUACAAUUUAAAGGGCUGAUUUUUGCACAAAGGUCAUAUAUUUUUCGUGCCUGGCAUCUGUGCUGGGCAGCAGUUCGAAUCAGAACAUUAGCAGAAUGUGUGUUUGUGUCGUGUCUCAUGCCGGGGGGAAAGGUUAAAGGUCGGGAGAUGAAUUGCGGCGCCUUUGUGGCACUGGAAACUGAAAGAAGCAAUAUUCUCAUCCUGGGAGCUACGGGGCCAGAUGAACACACUGGAGGCGCUGUUACAUAUAUGCAUUUACAUUUACACCCACACAUACAGUACUGAGAUGACACAUACCUCAUUCUUGUGUGUUGGCUGAAAAACUGGAUGUGCUGUUACAUACAAACGCCACCACACAUACAAAUACAUGUUUGAUGACAUGCAAAAAUUUACAGAGUUUGCCAUAUUACCAGAGGGGUUUGUUCAAUCUGGUGAAUUGUUUAUAGGUCAGGUGUGUGUGGGCGGGGUAAACUCUUUACUAGACCUGGGUCGAAUAUCACCUGCAAAUGUUGUGUUUUUCAAACUGCAUGGAGCUACAGAUUUGGGUGGAGUUUACUGAAUCAUGACGAUGCAGAUGGUGUCAGCAAAGCUGCCAGCUGGCGGGAAAGUAACAAUCAGAUGUUCCCCCCUGACUGUGUGAGCUUUCUGUCAUUCAUUUUGUUAUCUAAUGUGGCCAACGCCACCCGUCUGUCUCACGAGGGCUUUAUCACACCUUGAAAAGCUUUUGAAUAUUUGACCCGGGUCUGACUCUUGGCGAAGUAAUCCGCUAGAAGCAAUAACACGAGUUUGACUUUCAACUGUGUGAAAUCUUUCUAUUUAUCAUGAAGAUGUACGUGGAGGAUCAUGGGUGCUGAUUGCAGAUUAUUUUUUGUUGUAAGUUGUGUACAGGCAGACGGACAAGCAAACUGAGCCAGUAAACAGCUACAUUCUGUGGCACGGACAUCAUCACUUCCUGUCUCGGUUACCAUUCUGUUAGGAGAGAAACACAAAUAACUUACCAGAUUUUCUCCUGGACACGUUCUAUUUUCCUUCGAAUGACCACAGUUGGUUUGCUUUCUACCCAGCGUCUGCACAAUUUGAGGAAGUAGAGUCAAAAUCAAGACGUAAAGGAAAUGCCUUGUCACUGAUUUUGUGAAUGUGCUACUGAUUGGCUAGUGCUCGCCAGCCAAUGAAAUGCCUGAAUUUGGAGGGUUGUGGUGUAAUUGGGCAGAACUGCCAUCAUUCUCUACUAAUUUUUCAGAGUGGUGUAGGUUUCAGUGUGCAUUAGGGGUGAAUGUUACUUUGUGAUUAUCAUUUGAAGGUGCACCAGUAGACAACACAUUGAUACUGUACCUGUACUAGUGUUGGUUGUGUGUUCCUGUUUUUUGGAGAUGAGUACUUGAUGGGGUGAAGCAGUGUGGUGUGUUACUGCAUGCUCAUGUGGUGGUUGGGUUUACAGAUCUGUUAUUUAAGCAAUUAAGAUAUAGCCAUUUGAAGAGUCAUGUGUCAAUAAAUACCAUUUUAGCCUUUGUAAGCACCACUUAGAAACGUACCUGCUUUUUUUCAAGGUCACCACUGUAAUAGAUGAACGAUUGUGAAUUGAGUGGACAUUUCUAAACGCAACGCAUCCAUGCAACAAUUCUUUGAUACAGUUUAUUUGGUUAAUAAGCGUUGAUGACUCCCUGUAGAGGGCAGAAAUGGUUGCCAUUGCCAAGAGUCAUCGCAUGUUGUUCCCAUGGUUACUGAGUGCGGCUGACAGCAUACAGAAAAAAACAAAACUUAAGGCAGAGGCUUUCUCCUUGUAUGGGAAUUGGACUCCUGGAAAUACUCACUCUGCAGCUCCUUUUUGAUACAUGAACUGCUUGUUUUUAAAUAUUAAUGAAAGGUCAAGGGUUAACUUGUGGUAACUGUAUGUCAUUAACUGCAAUAACAUGAACUGCUUUACUGAGAAGAAGGACCUCCUCAGAUCGUGGGCUGUUAAGUGUGCAUGAUGGUGUAAAAGAGUGAACAGUUGGAUAAAAGAUAUGCCUGUAAGAUAUGUUUAAACACUCCCUCAGCCCCUCAGGCCAGGUGUGUUUCUCUUCUCAGCCUCUUCUCACUAUCUGAAGCAUGUCUAGAACCACACGACUAACUUUCCUCCUCCUGGUUAUUCCCGCGUUUCUUCAGUGGUUCGACUGAUGGUGAAACAGGUAACAACAGUUCCAGACCUAACUUCUCUAAUGCUUCCUUUUGUCUCUCUUUGUCUACUCUUCGUCACUUGUACACUCCAGGUUUGCUGUUUUGCUUUCAAACACUUUUCAUUGUGUAUAUCUUAGAAAGCAGAGUGGACCUUGGUUGAAGCCAUAGGUAUAAAGAGUGUACUCAGAUCAGAUAUUUUUGUUUAAUUUCUGCUUAAAUUUAGUGUUACAAACACCAGAACACUUCUAUGGUCUGCUGCCCCCCGCCCCUCUGACUGUAGCUUUGACAGUGUGUACACUUUUCAUCAAGAUCUCAUUGACAAAUGAGGGCUAUAACUGUUUGUCUGUUCAACAUAUUUGUCUGUCUCUCUGCUUCCUUUUCUGACAUCGUUGCAUAUCUUCUCUUUACUUGAUGUGAGGAAUUAUGUAAAAAGUACAUGUUUGAAUUAAUGAGAAUAUGGCGCCUUUACAUUUUUUGGAAACAAUAAACUUGAAUUAUGAGAACA